AUUUAUAGGACUAUAAGGUGAUACUUUAAUAUAAGCUCCAAGUUUAAUUUCUAACAAUUGGAUUUUCCUACUCCCAUGGCACGCAACCUUAACUUGUGGGGUUCGCGGGUCUUUGGGUCUUAUCAUUGUGACUGUGAAAUUCGUUAUCAGUAGAUAAAAAGCUUUUCAGGCCGAGUCGAUAGCCUGGCUAUCAUGCCUAAUUGCCGAAAUCACUACCCCCAACCAGAUCUCGCCACCUCCACGAGACGAGGGACCCCAAGCAUUUGUUUGACGCCAUUUCAUUCUUUAUUGACGCGGCCAAUUAAGAAGGCAGCGUUGUUGAUUUGAUUGCGAGGCGAAUAUGAAUGCGACUGGAAUUCCUCCAUGAGUUCUAAAUAAAGCUGGAGUCCGAAAAGUUGCCAGAUGUAAAGAGCGGCGGCUCUCAGUCGCUGGGAACUCCAAGAAGUGGAGGCGAUUUUCUAAUCUUGGCCCAAGUUACAGACUCUAUUGCACAAGGGGCUUAUCAGAACCAAGCCAAAAACUUAAAACUGGACGCACAACAUACAGCAAGAUCUACAGCGGCAACAGUCUGGCAACGAAGCGUAUACGUAAUGCCAAGCAAAGUUCCAUCCAUUUAACGCUCUCGGCUCGUUUCAGUUCUCGGGCAGGUGUCAAGCGACGUACACACGAAACGCCGACGCGGUCACAAUUCCAGAAUAUCAUAUACAUGCUAUAUAUGUGUAUGCUCAAGUGGCUAAUUUACAUACGCGUUGCGACCCGUCUAUUUACCUGAACCUGAGCUGUCUGGACUACACUCUUUAACAUUUCCUUACGGAAAGCGAGUGUACAAAGUCACAACAAAUUUUCAAGACAUAUUCUCGGUAUAUAUAUAUUUCUGUAUUCAAACAUAUCGCCAUGCUGGACCCCAUUUCGGACGCACCGCUGGUCUUGGCCUACGUCUUUAUGUCGCUGCUGGUGCUCAUUGUGUGCUUCAUACUGGUCAAUGUGGUCCACAAGCUGUAUCGCAGUCUCAACGGCGAGGUAUCAACGGGGCUGGUUUCUCCGGCACAGCAGCUGAAGACCUCCAUCAUGGAGCUAGACGCCAUGAAGACCGGUUAGGAUGGGUGCAGCGCAGCUGGCUAUGAGAGGCGCGAGAAUCUCAAGUCUCAGUCUCCGAUGUCAGAGCUCCGGUUUUAAUUCGGGCGAUUGGAGCGAUGUACGACGAACGACAGCUGCUGACCACCCACACGCACGAACCACACAACCUAGACGCCUGUUGAUAUGUUAAGCUAUGCAACUAGACUAGACGUAAAUAAAUACACGAAACUAGGCUUACGAGUAGAAAUUAACUACAUUAAACGCGCUGGUCCUCU